CAUGUCCGCCAUAAUGGUGAUUGGAAAAAUCACAAAGACUGGUACGAACCGGGCAAGCUUGCCGACGACCCGAGACUGGAAAAUGAAUAUGUCAGGCUGUGCCCGGACAGACUCUGGAUCCGAUAGCAAGGCUGGUAAAUAUUUGAGCUCUUCCAAAUGGAAUAACCGGAGCAUCUUGAUAAAUCGUUUCUUCUUCUUCUUCUUCAGAAUACUUGAUAUUAUUGGGCGACUACUUACAUGUUUGCUUUCGCAGGAUCCGAACGGAGACGGGCUCGUCAAGGGUGGUGAGAUUGUCUCGGGAGUACCCCAUGUGAAUCUGAAGACUUUGCGAUCCCCUGAUAUCAACGGUGAUGGUAGGGCGGGCUACGUGUAUAUCGGUGAGGGAGGCACUUUAAAGCACUACAUGAAUGUCGGAUCUGUUGGCGGACAGGACGUUAUAUUCUACGCUCAAGGUGAAAUCGCCACCGGUGCAGUCGAUGAUAUGUCAAGGCUUGUGUUUGCUAAUAUAAAUGGCGAUGGAAGAGAUGGUCCUGCCAAGACCAUCGCCCAGAGCAUUCACCAUAAGCCCAGCUCCAUUAGACUGGCUGGCAUGGACAGAUUAAUAUUUCUCGUUAUUGUAGAGAUGGAAAAGACGACUAUGUCUUCAUCGGCGAUCAUGGUGCCCUCAACGUCUGGUAAUCGCGGCACCAUUGACAACAGCAUGACCAUUGAUGGUUUACGGUUUGCCAAGCUUGCCCUCGACCCAAAAACGAGCACUCCAAAUAUUUUGAGAGCACUGCAGCUCGAACUUGGAAACAAUUCGUCAGACUCGUCGGGCUGGUUUUGGUACAAUGUCCUUACGGGGAAGUAUGCUGCAUCCAGCACAGCGCCUGCUAGCCGAGUUCUGUUUGGGGAAUCGACAGAUGGAUUCGACGACUACCCUACUCUUGACCCAAAGACUGGAGAGCUUAAGGCCUAG